AUGUGGUGGCUAUUCAGGGCGCUUUUCAGCUCCAUUUUCCUGCUCAGCAUCGUCCUCUCGAUUCCCGUCGCCUUCGAUGUCGGCGGUCGCGACAGUGGGCUGGCUUACAGUCUAGCCCUCUUCCUCUUCUACUUCAUAUACUCUAGCCUUGAGCUUUUGACGCCCGAAAAGUCACGCUCGCGGUAUUUCCUCUCUGGGUUCCUACGACUGUCGCAAUGGAUCAUCAUCCCUACCCUUCUCAUCUGGGCACUGGGCCAGUUUGCUGUUGACGCUGGCAACACAAACUGGGUGGAGCGAACAGUGGGUGGUUUGUUCAACUCCAAAAGCACAAGCUGGAGGGAAUGGAUGUUUGGCAGAGAUGGUCUGAUUGAGACGGUCACGCUGGGUGGAUGGGAUAAUGUGCUACGGUAUUCGGGGCCCGUUUUCCAGCUUUUGGAGGGUUUCUGUACCUUGCUGGUCAUCCAAGCCGCAGGACAACUUACCAGGUGGCUCGUCAACCGUGGAAGAAGUGAUACUUGGCUGAUUGUCCUUCUGGUUCUCUCCAGCUCCAUCAUGGCCAGUGCCGUUUACUUCCUCUGGAGAGUUGCACAAUUCCCUCAAAUUGGCAACCUCGAUGCCACCCUAAUCGGCAUUGCAAUGACAACUGCCGUAUUCCUGUGCGCCUUUGGUAUCGGCAGUGGUCGCGGCAAUCCUAUCGAAUCAUCGCUUCUCUUUGCUUACAUCGUCCUCUGCAUCUACCAAAUCUUUACGGAUUACCUACCGUCUGAGAAUGCAGACCAAACAGAAGGCCUUGAGAACUCCGAAUCUGACAUUCCUCCUCUGCCACCUGUCAUCAUGGCAUCUUACUCAACUUUCCUUCACAUGCUGGGUUCAUUGCCCUAUGCCGUCCACUCAUCCUUGGCCCUGCUAUAUGCGGCCUUCCAAACCAUCACACCCUCAGUCAUCAUCUCUUUAACCUACCGCUCAUUAGUAUUCUACUGCGCUACACGAAUCAUCCCUUCAAUUCGAGAAUCGGGUGCGCGAGCUAUGAUGCAGGAGCCUGAUUGGGAAGAUGGAGAGACUGCCAGCAAACUUCUGGGAUUCCUCAGCUGGUUCUCACCCUCAAUCUUAAUAGCUGUCUACACGAGUCUGCUCCUACAACAUUUCACCACCAGUGACGGCCCUGAUGGCUGGACGCUGAGGGGCGGUGAUCCCGAAGGCAGCAACUGGCAAUGGGCCAACAUCGGACUAACCAUGGUGUUGUACGGUGUCGAACUCUACCUUGGCUCCGACGAGCAUGAUCACUGGAAGGUCGACUAA